CACAUGGCCUUUAUUUCACUACACUGAAGCAUGACAUAAGAUUGUGUUUGUAUGUUUACUUAUGAUUUUUAUAGCUCACACCAGCAGGACGACCGCCGUGUUCUCAGUAGUGCCGGCACGUUCGAUAAGGUCGUAUCUCUUUUGCGAUAUAAACCAAAUCGAUAUCAAGAUCCGGGAGUUAUUUUAGUACCUUUGGCUUCAUCGUGACGUUCCGAGACGUAUAAAAGAGAUGCCUCGAAUUGCAAUCUUCGAGUAAUUCUGGAACACCUUUGCUGAGAAGAAUAGUGUCGACAAGAGUUAUUUGGAAUUGCGUCGCAAAAGUAGACUUGUGUGUGUGUGUUGAGAUAUUAUAGAAAUAGACGCACAAAAUGUUGGUGGAAUUGUUGCUUCUCGUCGCGGCGGCGCUUUUCACCAAGUUCAUCAUCGACAAGGGAUAUAAGAAUGAAAACUACUUCAAGGAAAGAGGAGUGAAAUACUCGGAACCGUAUUACUUUGUUGGAAAUUCGGGAAAUAUUUUUACACGCCAAAAAUCCAUACUCAAAUGGUUAUGUGACGCAUAUUCUUCAUUUCCAAAUGAGAGAGUCUGUGGAACGUUUGAGUUCAGAUCGCCAUUGUUAGUGAUAAGAGACCCGGAACUUAUAAAGUGUCUUAUGAUCAAGGAGUUCGAUCACUUCGUGAACCGCCGUAACAUUUUUGUCGACGAAAAUGAUCCUGCAAUUUGCAAAUCAUUAUUUCUACUCAGAGGAAAUGAUUGGCGUGACAUGAGAGCCACUCUGAGUCCAGCAUUCACUGGAAGCAAGAUGCGAUUGAUGUUCGAACUCAUUUCUGAGUGUUCGAAUCAAAUGGUUGCGUUUGUCAACAAGGAGACGAAGGAAAAGGGAAUUCAGACGUACGAAAUGAAGGACUUUUGCUCUCGAAUGUCAAACGACAUUAUUGCAACGUGUGCUUUUGGCAUUCAAGUCAAUUCGCUGAAAGAGCAGAAGAACGAAUUCUACUUGAACGGGAAGAAUUUGACGAAUCUUGCUCAACUAUCUCGUAUAGCAAAACUUGUCUUUAUGAUGUCUUUCCCUAAAAUAUGCAACGCCUUGAAGGUGAGAGCAUUUCCACAGCGUCUAAUAUCGUACUUCAGAAGUGCAAUUUUGGAUGCAAUGCAAUAUCGUGAGAAGAACAACGUAAUUCGUCCUGACAUGAUUCAUUUGCUGAUGGAAGCCAAGAAAGGAAGAUUAACGCAUCAGACUUCGGAUAAAGAAAUUGAUUCUGCCGGAUUCGCAACUGUCGAAGAGUCUCAAAUAGGAAAGCAAGAAGGAAAGAAAGAUCUUUCAGAUGAUGAUAUUUUGGCGCAAUGUUUAAUAUUUUUCUUUGCUGGAUUCGAAACAGUUUCAACUGCGCUUUCGUUUCUGUGCUAUGAAAUGGCUGUAAAUCCGGAAAUCCAAGAGAGACUCUUUGACGAAGUUUUAGAGACAAAUGAACUCCUUGGCCAGAAAGCUAUAAAUUAUGAUACUCUGCAGAAGAUGAAGUAUCUUGACAUGGUGGUUUCUGAGAGUUUGCGAAAAUGGACUCCGCUUCCCUUCCUUGAUAGAGUUUGCACGAAAGAAUACGUUCUGGAUUGCGGAGAAGGCUUGAAAUAUUCAUUUAAAAAAGGAGACGUUUUCGUUAUAUUUACCGGAGCUUUGCAUUAUGAUCCUCAAUAUUUUCCAGAUCCAGAAAAAUUCGAUCCCGAACGUUUUAGCGAUGAGAACAAGGAUAAAAUUAUUCCGGGAACUUACUUACCAUUCGGAAUUGGACCCAGAAAUUGCGUUGGAUCUCGCUUCGCUUUGAUGGAAGUCAAAGCAUUUCUUUUCUACUUAAUCCUGAACUUCAAGAUUGAGCCCAACGAGAAGACGCAAAUUCCGCUGAAACUCACCACAAACUCUGCGAUGGCAUCUGAAAAGGGAAUCUGGGUCCAACUUACGCCGAGAUCCAAAGAAUAAUUCGUUAUAUUUAUCAAUGAUAAUUAAAACUAAAGCUUUUCUCCAAAUAUAUUGCCAUGAAUGCCAAUACAGUAUAACAA